GAGACAGACACUCGAGAGCGGACUUGGCAGGAGCAGCGGGAGGGAGAGAGAGGCGGAGAAAGUUAAGACGCGGACGAUCCCGGAGCAACUUUCCUCUGCUCUGUGGAGGAAGACUCGAGGAGGGGGGGAGAAGAAGCGCCUGCGACGUUUGCGUGGGAUUUUUCUGUUGCAUCGUCUUGCAGGAUUCACUGCCCGCUCAGCCACUGAUACAAUUAGUUUCGGAUUAAUGCCAUCGCAAACUUGAGGAUCAAGCGGGACUUUGAAGUUGGAGUUUGAGGCGAGGCGGAGUGCGGUUCUCAGAGGGGUGACAUCAUGUGGCUCUUCUGCUCCUCUCUGGCUCUGCUGGCCCUCAGCUUUGGAUCAUGUGACACAGAAACAUCACAGGAAGGUGAUCAAUGUCCACCCUUACAAGUGGAAAAUUGGAAGUUUCCUCAGAUGGCCAGGGACAACAUCACGGGCUUUAAUCUGGUGAGGCGAUUCUCCCUGCUCAAAAACCCAGAUGUCAAGAAGAUCCGGAGCGCUCGCGGCCCUGCCUUCCUCCGCCUGGGAAAGACGGCACUCGUGCAGCCUAGCGAUCAGGUGUUCCCUCAUGGCCUGCCAGAAGAGUUCACCCUGAUCUUCACACUGGCUUUGAAAAAAGCUGCCCUUAGGGAGACCGUCUACCUCUUUCAGAUAUCUGAUCAGCAAGGAUAUCCACAGCUCUCGGUGGACCUGAACGGGCCCGACCGCAGCCUGUCGCUGCGGGCCAGGGGGGCAGACCCGGCGGCCGACCCGGUGAGCGUCAUCUUCACCGGGGAUAGGGUGAAGGCGCUGAUGGACCUCCGCUGGCACAAGCUGGCCCUCAGCGUGCAGCGUGGCGCCGUCUCCUUCCUUGUGGACUGCAGCUCCAUCGAGACGAAGCCCCUUGAGCCCCGCGGGGUUCUGGCAACAGACGGACACACCCUGCUGGGAGUCCGGGCGUCAGACGCUGGGCCAGUGCAAAUGGAUGUUCAGCAGGUGACGCUGUAUUGCGACCCCUCCCUCGCCAUCCAGGAGUCGUGCUGCGAGAUCCCCGGAGCUCGGUGCCCUGCCGAUGCCCCCAAGAGCCGGCGUGCUGCAGAAAAUGAGCUCGACACCUCAUUUAAUCAGGACAUUUUUGCAUCCAAGGACCUUGCAGAUAAAUGUGCUGGUUGUUUAUUCCUGAGUAGGGAAGAGAAUGUAGUAAACUUCCACGGGGAUGCUAGGUUGAAAGGGGAAAAAAGAGACCAUAGUGCGGACUGUUCCAGCUCCCAUUCAGGUCCAUGCGCAGGACCCAGAGGGGAGAAGGGAGAGAAAGGCGAGUCGGUGACGGCUUCCAACUGGGGCGAAGCGGCGGCGUACAAGGGAGAAAAAGGACAGAAGGGAGAGAUGGGUCUGCAGGGCCUGACGGGCACGCCGGGCAGGGAUAGUCGAGUGGGGUCUGUCUGUGUCGUCGGCCCCAAGGGACAGAAGGGUACACCAGGUAAGGUGGGUCCCGAAGGGCUGGCCGGGGAACCAGGGAAGCCCGGACUUCCAGGUCUGCCAGGAGUAGGAAGGCCAGGUCCUCCUGGUCCCCCAGGUGGACCGGGUGGUCCAAAAGGAGAAAAGGGAGAUCUGGGACCUUCGGGAAGCGAUGGAUCAUCAGGAGAUCCAGGGCCGAGAGGACCAGUUGGGACUAAAGGAGAAAAGGGCGACCCAUGCGAGGUGUGUCCAGUGCUGCCUGCAGAUUUGGGCAACACCGUGGCUUUGCAAGGGAAACCGGGCCCUAAAGGAGAGCCUGGGGUGCCAGGAGUAGGAGAACGAGGACUCCUAGGGCCUCAAGGUGUGGACGGAAAAGCAGGAGAGAAGGGAGAACCGGGAUCAGAUGGCACCAAAGGAGCAAAGGGAGAGCCAUGCUCCGUGUGCCCCACCCUGGGAGAACUACCCCCUAAUCUCUUCCCUGACGUCGCAUCCCAAACUAUGACACAGCGAGGCGAGAAGGGAGAGCCUGGGAUUGGUCAGAAAGGAGAGCAGGGGGAGCCGGGAAAUGUAGGUCUGUCUGGCCCGCAAGGCGAGAAGGGUAAUACAGGCAGCAUGGGAGCUGAUGGUAAGCCGGGGAAACCUGGACAAAGGGGACCCAGUGGUAAGGAUGGACAGAGGGGUGCAAAGGGACAACCCGGGCUGCCUGGCGUGGGUCAACCUGGCGUAAAGGGUGAUAAGGGUGAGUGCGGUGUCUGCCAGCCAGCCGAGGUCGGCAGCAAACCUGCUGGCAUCCAGAUGCCUGGGGGAGUAAAAGGUGAACCGGGCCCUCCGGGUCCACCUGGAGCUCCAGGUCUCGGGGCUGAAGGCAAACAGGGUCCAGAAGGUCUGGUUGGUGCGAGAGGAGAAAAGGGUGAACAGGGAGAGCAAGGAUUCAAUGGAUUUGAUGGCGCUACUGGAGCCCCAGGACUUCCUGGAGAGUCCGGUCAGCAAGGACAAAUGGGUUUUAAAGGAGAGAAGGGGGAUGCUUGUACCAGCUGUUCUGCCCCCGGCGCUGUCCUGGGUGACGGGGUUGCUGUUCCAGGCCCCAAAGGAGAGAGAGGAGAACCUGGACCGUCAGGCGCAGGAAAACCUGGCAAGAAUGGAAAACCAGGUUUACCAGGUGCACAGGGCUCUCUUGGUCCCAAGGGAAGCAAGGGAGAAGCCGGGGCUCCAGGAGUCGGCCUUCAGGGACAACAGGGUAUAGAAGGACCGAGAGGCCUCCCAGGGCUUGUCGGAGGUCCCGGCGACAGAGGAUCAUCUGGCCCCGUCGGCCCUGCAGGGGCAAAGGGCUCCAAAGGUGAAGCGGGUCUUCCUGGGCCACAGGGUCCCCCCGGUUUUGGAGCAGAAGGACCUGCGGGUAGAGACGGCGCCCCCGGCUCUAUAGGGCUGCCAGGAGCGGAGGGCCGACCCGGACUUGAUGGGGCUAAGGGGGACAAGGGUCCACCAGGAGAGUGCAACUGCGUAACGCUUUCAAGUGUAGGGGGACCUGGACCUCGGGGAACUUCACUUACCAACUGGCAGGCAGGGCCCCAGGGACCACCAGGACCUCCGGGCCCUCCUGGCCCCCCUGGGCCUGGGGGAGAUGAUGGAAUCCAAGGACCACAGGGUAUCCCUGGAAACGACGGGAUACCGGGGAAACCGGGUUUGCCUGGAAAAAUCAGCCCCAUGGACCUGCAGAGGCUUCCUCAAGACUCCUCUGCUGGGCAGGAGGGAGAGGACUGUGAGGGGGGCUGUUCCCAAGGGUUGCCAGGGGUGCCAGGCAUGGCUGGUGCCAAGGGUGAAAAGGGAGACGAGGGCAAGCCUGCAGUUCCUUCAGGGAACUGUGACGGGUGUUUGGAGAGACUGCAGAGGGAACAAGCAACAGAAGCGACGGUUGACCGAUCCUGCACAGGAUCACCCGGCAUCCCAGGAGUGCCUGGAUCACCUGGCAUCAAAGGCGAACCUGGUAACCCAGGACAAAGAGGCCCGUCAGGGAUACCUGGAACUAUGGGACCUCCUGGCUUCCCAGGUCCUCAGGGCCCGUCAGGCUUAUCUGGUCAGCAGGGCGAGCGAGGGUCAUCCGGCCUCCCAGGAGAGAAGGGUGAAACGGGCCCUCCGGGGACAUCCGGUUAUCCGGGGUCCAUGGGGCCGCCUGGACUGCCUGGACUGAAGGGCGAGCGUGGAAGUCCGGGAAGCGGGGGUGUGAAAGGGGAAUCAGGUCCUCCUGGUCUACCUGGUUAUCAAGGACAGGCCGGCUCACCGGGCAUCAAAGGAGAAACGGGGCCAGCAGGUACUGCUGGUGAAAAGGGUGAUCGGGGUUUCCAAGGGCAGCCAGGUUUUCCAGGACCACCAGGCGGCCCUGGACCUGCUGGUAAACCUGGAAGAGAAGGUCUCGCUGGGAUGAAAGGUGAAAAAGGUAACGAUGGCUCUCAAGGCUCCCAAGGACCAACUGGACCCUCCGGCUCACCUGGCUCUCCGGGGUUGAUGGGCCCCCCUGGCAUCGAAGGAAUGGAUGGAAAAGAUGGAAAGCCAGGGCUGCGGGGAGAGAUGGGCCCUCCGGGCCCAUUAGGACCGCGAGGAAUCCCAGGAUUCAAAGGGAACAAGGGUCAUGUUGGCUUUCCUGGACAAAAGGGAGAUGCCGGACCUUCAGGUCCACCUGGUGCUCCUGGACGGCUGGGACAUGAUGGGGAUCCUGGCACCCCAGGAGCUCAGGGACGACCUGGACCUCCGGGCCAUGUCGGUUCCACGGGGCCAGCGGGACCUCCAGGGCCUCCCGGGCCAUCAGGGCUGGGUAUAAAAGGAGAUAAGGGUCAAGGUGGAGAGAGAGGUCUCCCGGGGAUGAGUGGAUCUCCAGGACCCCCCGGGCAUCCAGGACCUAUGGGAGAGCCAGGAAGUGAUGGUGGUGCUGGUAAAGAUGGAGCAGCAGGUCCACCAGGAGAUAACGGGCAGGCAGGUCAAAAGGGCGAGCCAGGGGCCAGCGGCCAGAGGGGCCCUCCAGGAGAGAGGGGCAGACCCGGCCCCCCCGGUGGGGGGGGAGGAUAUCACUCCUCCAAAGAUGCACAACCCAUGAUCGGCCCGGCUGGACCUCGAGGAGAGAGAGGAAGCCCAGGGUCCUCAGGAUCACCCGGGCCUCCGGGCAGUCAUGGUCCACCAGGAAAUGAUGCUGUUGUCAACUAUGAUGAAAUCAGGAACUUCAUUCGCCAGCAGGUCAUCAAGAUCUUUGAUGAGAGAAUGGGCUACUACAUGUCCCGCAUGCAGAUGCCAGUUGAGCAGGUGUCGUCUCCAGGACGACCUGGGCCCCCGGGGAAAGAUGGCUCCCCAGGUGCUCCCGGGAACCCAGGUGCUCCUGGACUUCCAGGACAGAUCGGCAGACAAGGCCGACCAGGAGGACCAGGACCCCAAGGACCUUCAGGAGCAGCUGGAGUAAAAGGUGACAAGGGUGUCGGAGAGAUGGGAGAUAUAGGACCUCCAGGAGCACCAGGUGUUCCAGGUCCCCAAGGCUAUGGAAAAAUGGGCCCCCCUGGCCCAGUUGGCCAACAGGGUGUCCCUGGAAUCUCAGGCCCUCCCGGACAGCAAGGACCCAAGGGAAAUGAGGGCCGCUGUAAUCCCAGGGACUGUAUGAGCCAUCAAGUGGAAUACAACCAAAAAAGCCAACCAAUCAAAGGCCCCUGGUAGAGCUAGAGGGGUCAGGGGAGAGAACUGAACCAGAGACUCACCGUUUAGAGAAGCAAGGAUGCCAAAGAAGAUGACCCAAACUUAUUGAAUCAGACCACAAGAUGGAGAGGAGGAGCUGCCUUUGUUGUUGAGUAGAUAGAUAAUAUUAUCAAGAUUUUUACUGGAGGUCCACUGUUUGUUACUUGUUGUUGUUUUUCUUCCCUCUAAAGGCCCCAUUGGAACUGAGCCAAAGAAACACCAGCAGCAGAUUUUUAUUACAUCUUUAUUCCCUCUGGAAUUUCAGUCCAUUGCUAUUUCACGGUACUGGAUUAUUUUGUCAUGUCCUCAUUUUCUCUUCACCAUAAUGUGACCACAAGAGGUGACAAAAAUCAUAUAUAUUCAUCUCCCCAGUUAAUUCUGGCUUUUGCCGGAAGAUGAGAAAACACACGGUUAUUGUUUUGUAUUUUGUCUCUCUCACAUCUUUGUUCCAUCUUUGCACCAUCCCAUCCUGAGUGCGCAUCCCGUGCAUUUCCAACACUUUCUGACUGGUUGGAGUUUGAUACAUAAUUGAAUUUUACUUACGCCUGUCCCUUGAAAUGUAUUUCACGUCCAUUGAAACAGAUGUCCCAUUUGCAUUUAUUCCCUCUCUGAUGGAUCGUUUUGUAUAUAUUUAUAUGUGUAUAUAUAUAUAUUUUGGCUUUUUAUACUUUUCAAAGGUUUUGAUAUUGGACAUAAUGGUUAGCCACUUUUUAACUGUUGGUUGUUUUUUGAAGCAAAAGGAUGAUUGAUCUUUCCCCCCCUUAUUUCUAUGGACUUUUUAAAAAGACUAUCUUGAGUAAAAGAUCAAUUAUUUAUAGAAGAAGUUUGCGUGGACAGAAAUUUAAUUGGCUUCUGUAAUUUUAUCACUGAAACUCCUUUCGAGUCAUUUUGACUCCAGCAUUUCUGGAAAUACAACCAUUUUAAAGCAUCUCAUCUGAAUUUCAAUUUUUUAAUUUUUUUUUUAAAUAAUUCCAUGGUAACUAUAAUAGCCAUCUGUCUGCUUCGUUUAACACUUUUGUUAGAAAGAAAUAGGAAAUAUGAGCAACAGUCGACCCCAUUCAUCACAGGUACUGUCAUCCAGCGAAGCCUCCCACCAUCACUAAACCCUCGUGACCACUCAAGUAAAAAAAUUAAAAAAAGUUUUGUAGUAUAUUUUGUUACUGUGUUUUGGUGGCCUCAGUUGUGGAUCUAAAAUCAGUUAUGUGCUCUGUACUUUUUCAUACAAUUUGUAGUAGAAGCUGUGGGCCAGGCUUUUUUUUUUUUCCUACAGCAUCCCCUGAGAAAUAUUAAACUGAAUUAAAGUGCUUUUCAAGAAUA